GGUGGAAGACAUUCACCUUUUUUUUCCUGCCCGAGUAGGGUGACCAUGUUUCACUUCCGUAUAGCAAAGUGCUCAUCACAAAGGCCCGUUAGACUAAGGCUUUAAUAUUGUUAGUUAGCUUAUGUUGUCCCACACUCUUUUCUGUAACAGUGACAUGGUGCCCAUUGCUUUGGCUAUCCUGUUGUUAAUGUCUUUAUCCAGUAGAGCAUCGUUGGAUAUGAUGGAGCCAAGGUAACAAAAAUAGUCAACAAUUUCUAGUGGUUGGCCAUUAAUGAUUACAUGAGGUGCAGUAUUUGUGUUCUAAACUAGUAUCUUAGUCUUGCUUUGACUAAUAUUUAAGCCGUAUCUUCUGGCAAACAGCAGAUAGUUUGUCAAUCAGGGAAUGAUGCUGAAUGUCAGAAUCAGCCACAAUAGCUACAUCAUCAGCUUACAGGAGUUCCCUGAUAAGUAUCUUUCUAACCUUGGUUUUUGCCCGCAGCCUUGAUACAUUAAAUAGUUUUCCAGAGGAUCUUGUAUGAAGAAGUACACCUUCGUUGAUGUUGUUGUACGCAUAAUGCAGUAGGCAGGAGAAGAAUAUACCAAACAGAGUAGGUGUGAGCACACAUCCCUGCUUGACACCACUGCUAAACUCAAAAGGUGCUGAUUGGGCUCCAUUGAAUUUGACAGUACAUUUAUUUCCUUGUGAAAGCACUCAAUGAACUUGAGUAGUUUGGGAGCAAACCCCUCUAACUUUCAAGAAAAACAAUGAAAUUUCACAUUUUUUUGAAAAUAGUACAUUUUAAUACUAGAACAUUGAAUCAUUUCACUAGUUAUUUAAUACUUGUUUGCUGUAUCUAUUUGUCUGUGAGCAUUUUUAGACACCUACCCCUUACACAAUUUUCCUUAGCAACCAUUGUUUAUUCAUCGUUUCUAAGGCUAUAACAUGAUUGUAAUUAAUAAUGUAAAAGUAAAAAAUGGGAAAUAAUGAAAGGCUAAGUAAAUCUGAACAGGAAGAAGUUACAAUAAGGAAGGUAACUAUAAAAAUUUUUACAAAUAGUUCCAAAAUAUAAACAUGUUGGAUAUUUUUUCUAAAAAUUUUGUUAGGUUGUCAGUGCUGGUCUUAUUGUGCUUUUAUUUUUGUUGUGAGUAUUACUAUUUUGCUAAUUAUUGAAAGCCUGAACUGUUUAUUUCAAAAUGGGAAAUAAAAAAAAAAAAAGGCCAAAAGAACAUUAAAAAGACAAUUUCGUGGCAAUCAACACACUUGUCCUACCACAGCUAUUAAGUGUAGCAAGCAAAAUUAGAGAGCUCCCUAAUACCAAAAGUGAGACACCUGUAACUCCUGGUCCUUCUGCCAAGAAAAUUAAAAUGCAAAGUAAUAUUCUACCAGAAGAAAGGAACUUAAACAAUAGUAAUUCAUUUAUUUUAAUGGACACUAGUAUUCUUUUUACUUUUCUAUCUGCUACUGUUGCAUGUGAUGUGUGCUCCCAGUUCACCUUAUCUGUAGAGCUCGAUGACGAAAGACGAAGUGGUUUCGCCCAUGAAAUAAUAUUAAGAAGCAGUAAUUGCAAUGAAUGGGAGACAAGAUUCAAAACAAGUAGAAAGGAUUCUGGCCACAAAGAAGUCAAUUUAAGAAUGGUAUCAUUUGCUAGAGCCAUUGGAAGAGGAUAUAAUGCACUUGAUAUUUUUACAUUAUAUCUCAACAGCCCUCCGCCAAUGACCAGAAAUAACUAUAAAAAAAAUCUUUGCAAUAGUUGCUGAAGCUAGUAAAAAGGUAGCCAUGGAAAGUAUGAAGAAAACUGUAACAGAGUUAAGCGAGGUAUGAGACGUUUCUGUUGAUGUGACAUGGCAGGGCAGAGGUCAUUCUAGCCAUCGUGGAGUGGUAACGGCUAUUUCCGUUGAAAACGGAAAGUGUAUUGAUACAGAAAUUCUUUCCAAUAUUCGUAAGGCAUGUCAGCAUUGGGAAAAAAGAAAGGGAACAGUUGAAUAUGAGUCCUGGAGGUUACAACACAAUUGUAAAAUUAAUCAUGCAGGUAGUGCUGGAGCGAUGGAAGCUGCAGGUGCAGUCAACAUUUUUAUGCACUCUGUUGAAACCAGAAAUAUUCGCUACACUCAAUAUUUAGGUGAUGGAGAUUCUUCUUCAUACAAAAAAGUGGUCGAUUCUAAGCCAUAUGGAGAGAAGCCUAUAGAAAAACUGGAAUGCAUAGGCCACGUCCAGAAAAGAUGCGGGACAAGACUGAGGCGGCUAGUAAAUGAAAAUAAAGGACAAAAGCUUGACGAUGGCAAGGGCAUUAGUGGUAGGGCAGAUUAACCAGCAAAAAAAUAGACACGCUCCAAAAUUACUUUGGAUUUGCUAUCCGUCAGAAAAGUGGUAAUUUCGCUCAUAUGUAAGCAGACGUCAAAGCUGUCCUUUUUCAUGUUGGAUCAUCUGAAAAAAUGCGAAGAAGACAUGAUUACUGCCCUGACAACUCCUUGGUGCAAAUACAAACUUGACCCAAACUCUUACAAGCAUAAAAAUGGUCUCCCUGAAGCUGUAAUAGCAUUUUUGGAACCUGUUUUUGAAGAUCUGGCAAAUGAGGAGCUGUUGCAAAAUGCACUCAUGGCAAGAAACAGAACAGAAAUGAAAAUUUGAACUAAUUGAUUUGGGAAAGAUGUCCUAAAGAGUUGUAUGUAGAGAAAGAAACUAUAGAAGAGGCAGUGUAUAGUGCUAUCUCUUAUUUCAAUGAUGGAUCUGUAUCAACCAUUAAAUUUUUGGAAUACCUAGGUAUAGAAACUGGAUACUACGCAUACAAAAAGUGUUUCGACCACAACAAAAAACGCAUUCUUUUUUCUGACAUCAAGUCAUCAGAAGCAGAAAAAACAUUAAGAGACAUAAAAAAAAGGUUUCCUGGAUACCACAGCAGCUUCAGAAGGGGAUAUGUACACACCAGGAGGGCAUUAAAAGUCAUUUGUCAUAAUUUGCUAGAGGUAUGACAUCAGGAGCUGAAUCAGCUUCUGCAUUGAAUGGUGGGCUGAGGGUAUUGAAAACUUGUUCCUAUUAAGUUCUUGACGUCUUAAAAUUUGCUUUCAAAGUCCUUUUUACUUGAAAGGUGUAGAAGCUGUUCGCCUCAACAUAAAAACAAAUGCAUGUCAAAAAAACAUUGCAACAAGUUGCGAAAUCUGUUUUAAAGCUCUGCAUUGCAAGAUGUUCAGGUAUUUCAACAGAUCUUCUCCCAAGACGGACAGUUCUCAUUUCUCAGUCCAAAAGUAUCUAUGAAAAUCUUGCACUGGAAGAAUGGCUUUAUGAGAAUGCAAAUUUAGCCGAAACUGAAUAUCUAUUGAUGUGGAGGAACCAUCCAGCUGUUGUAUUUGGUAGACAUCAGAAUCCAUGGCUUGAGGCAAACAUCCCCUUCACCAGAGAUCGAGAAAUCGAUACUGCUCGAAGAGCGAGUGGAGGUGGAACAGUAUACCAUGAUGAAGGGAACCUGAACCUGUCAUUUCUAAUGUCUCGACCACGUUACAAUAGACGCGCCAAUCUGGACCUUAUAGUGGAGGCCCUUGUCAGGAAAUGGGACAUAGACUUAGCAGUGAAUCAAAGGAAUGAUAUAAUGCUGGAGCGGUUCUACAAGGUAUCUGGCACUGCAGCGAGACUUGGGAGAUCUCAGAGCUUUCAUCACUGUACCUUGUUGAUGAGCGUGGAUCAAGGGAUGCUAUUGAAGAGUCUAGAUUCCCCUAUGUUAGGUGUUGAAAGUAAAGCCACCAAAAGUGUUCCUUCCUCUGUGAUGAAUUUAAAGGACAAGGUUCCAGAAUUGACCUUUGAACUUUUGUCAGAGGUCAUUGGUCAGCACUUCCUGAGCGGUUCCCACUCCCCACAUAAUGCUGACAAAUUUGAGUUUAUCCACCCUUUGGACAAUAUUAAAUAUCCAGGAGUUGACAAAAUCCUGGCACGACUUCUUUCCUGGCAAUGGAUCUACGGUAAGACACCAGCAUUCACAAUACACAGGAAGUUUGUCGGAGUAGCUUUUCAUGAGCUCUGCACCCUAGAGGUGGUCAUCAAAGCAGAACAAGGAAAACUCACGUCUCUGACUGUGGCGCUACAGAAUGACAUUGUGAAGAAUAAGUUAGACAGUUUUGUGCAGUCCACACUGUCUUUUUACACAAAUUAUUUCCUAAGGGAAGAAGUUUUACUUACGCCUCAAAGUAUUUCAGACAUGCAACAAAAAUACUCCAAAAUUGUUUCAGAGACAUUCUCUAACUCUCCAGAAGCCAUCCAAUUAGCAAAGUGGCUGUCUGAUAGUGUGACUUCUUGUUUUAAUUUUGUGUAGUUAAAGUGCAAAAUGUUAUGUUUAUGUAAACAGACAAACCAUUACCAACUGUGGAGCUUAAAGUUUUGAACACAGGAGAUUUCAAAUGAAGUUAAAUUCAUUUAACUCUCUAUUCAAUCAAAUACUUGCAAGGCUUGUUGCCCUCCAUGUAGCUCUCAGUGUGUUCUAGAACAGAACUUUUGUGGAGAUGAGUCAAAGGUCAAUAGAAUUUAUUAUAAUAUUAAUGAAUUGAAAUAUGUUUAAUGUAAAUAAUAAAAGACAAACAUACUCUC